AUGGAGUCAAGUGACGAAAGACUAUCGAAGGUCUCAUUUACUCACCGGAUCAUCGCUUCUUCAGUUGGUGGUAUAAUGACAGCGUUUGUUAUGACGCCUCUGGAUGUUGUGAAAGUCCGAAUGCAGUCUUCCAGGGCAUACUCCGAAACCAAGUGUCUCAUUUAUUGUAAUGGACUAGCUGAAAGCCUCUCCACCUGCCCGUUGAGCCGAAACACCUGUUCUAUGUCUUGGUCAGAACGUGCUAUGAAGUGUGCAGGGAGGUGGAACUUAUUUACCUCGAACGAAUCACAUUGUUGUUCCACGUGCAUCCCUCACUAUAAUAACCAAUCUUUUGUUUCAUUUUCCUGCCGCUCCCCUAGCGUGUCAGAUACCGUCCUCAGAAUUAUUCGUAAUGAAGGUAUUUUAUCUCUUUGGAGUGGACUCUCCCCAACACUUGUUAUGACACUUCCUCAAACUGUUAUCUACUUCACUGUCAAUGAUUGGCUGAAAUAUCAUGUUGGAUAUACUUCUAAGACUGUCAACAAAUCACCAGUAAUGACAAAUGGAUCUUUCCAAAACUUCAUCUCCCCUAAAGAUUUCCUUCCUCCAUUAGUUGGAGGUGUGUCUCGAAUUUUCGCGGUAAUGGCUGUAUCACCAAUAGAAUUGUUACGUACAAAAAUCCAAGCUAGGAAAGUACUCUACCGAGAUAUAACAUCGUUAGUUGUUACAACAGUGAAACAGGAUGGUCUGAAAAGUUUGUGGUUAGGUGCUGGACCAACUCUGUUACGUGAUGUUCCUUAUUCUAUGGUAUUUUGGUUAACUUAUGACUAUAUGAAAUCUGGGUUUAUAAAUAAACAGUUAAGAACGCAUUUGUUGUCGAAUAGUGAAUUGCCUGCCACGUUUGACAGAAUUCACUUUUCGCAUGCAUUUGGUUUUGGAGCAGCUGCUGGUUUUAUUUCUGGCGUAUUAACACAUCCAUUCGAUGUGAUUAAAACUCACAGACAAGUAGAUUUCGGAAAGUAUUCGGUUUCAUUUAGAUCUUGGUUUUUCCCUUGUGUAUGUUGGGGCCUAUUGCUGAAGAGGCUUCUGCCACAGUAGUUGUUUUCGUCUGGAUUUGUUGGUGUGUAUGGGAGAGAAGGGCCAGAUUUUCUGCAAAGUCCAAGUCGUACAUGCAAGCUGUGAAUUGUAUUCCGUGCUCUCCCUCAUAUAUCGAAGUCCUCAUAUUCCAGUCAAAUGGAUAGGAAAGCACUCAGCUGCGUCACAAGGCAAGUCAUCACUUGGAAUCCUCAAAGCCAAAUAAGAAGAGGCGGACCAAAGAACACGUUACGCGGAGAAAUGGAUAAACAACAUUUGGACAGAACUAGGAAGGAAGGCCCAGGACAGGGUGUGUUGAAGAAUACUGGUCGGCGGCCUAUGCUCCACUGCGGGUAGCAGGCGUAAGUAAGUAGGGUCCGACGGGUUUCGCUGAUUCCAUGUACUUAUAUUAUUUGUUGCUCUGGUUGUUAGAAGCGGAAUCAGCCUAUGAAUCUCGGCUUUCAACACGUGGCAUCAUAAUUCUCUCUUCAACUCCCAGGACAGAGUUUAAAUUGUAUUCUGGUUAGCGUUUUUUAGCAAGGUUGUUUUCUACGGGAUGUGGUUACCGACCACAACACCAACCCUCCCUUACGUGGUCUUGGGACAGGCAGUAGCCCUAGAAGAGCUACAAAUGAAGUUAUAUCCGUAAUACUAGUGAUUUAAUUUCACAAUUUCUUACUCGGUUGUUCGACAGUACAUGAGCAACGCUUCAAAGAUAAAUACAUGAUCAGAAACCUGCUACCCACG